CCAUCAUAACAAUUCAUUCAUUGCAAAACCAUACCUUAAACCUCAAAACUUGUAAUUUUCUUUCUUUAUUCUUGAAAUUGGAAUUCAAGUAAAGGGUUUGUGAUAUCACUGGGCUGUAGGAAGAAUGGAUACAGAUGACAUUUACAAAGGUAGUAGCAGCAUGAGAGCAAGCAAGAGGCAGAGAGAGAGUUUAAGGGCUAACAGCUCAAACAUAUGGAGAAACACAGGUAUUGAGGUGUUUUCACGGUCAUCACGAGAAGAGGAUGAUGAAGAAGCCCUGAAAUGGGCUGCCCUGGAGAAAUUGCCAACAUUUGAUCGUCUCAGGAAAGGGCUGUUGUUUGGAUCAAAAGGCGCGAAUGAGGUUGAUGUUCAGAGUCUUGGAUUCCAGGACAAGAGGAAUCUGGUGGAAAGGCUGGUGAAUACUGUAGAGGAGGACAAUGAGAAGUUCUUGUUGAAGCUCAGGAACAGAAUUGAUAGAGUUGGGAUUGAUAUUCCUACUAUAGAAGUGAGAUACGAGCAUCUCAAUGUUGAUGCAGAAGCCUAUACUGCAAGCAGGGCUUUGCCUACUUUUGUGAACUUCAAUAUUAACAUGAUGGAGGGAAUUCUGAAUUUUCUCCAUGUACUUCCAAGUAGAAAGAAGCCUUUUACUAUCCUUAAGGAUGUGAGUGGUAUCAUCAAGCCAUGCAGGCUGACUUUGCUUUUAGGCCCUCCAAGUUCAGGAAAAACAACCCUUUUGUUGGCUUUGGCUGGAAAGCUUGAUCCAACUCUGAAGACUUCAGGAAGGAUCACUUACAAUGGACAUGGAAUGGAAGAAUUUGUACCUCAGAGAACUGCAGCCUAUAUCAGUCAACAUGAUUUGCAUAUCGGAGAAAUGACAGUAAGAGAAACCUUAGCAUAUUCAGCCAGAUUCCAGGGGGUUGGCUCAAGAUACGAGAUGUUGGCAGAACUGUCAAGGAGAGAAAAAGCAGCAAAUAUUAAACCUGAUCCUGAUGUUGAUAUGUACAUGAAGGCAGCAGCUACAGAAGGAGAUGAAGCAAAUGUGGUCACAGAUUACAUUCUGAAGGUUCUGGGGCUCGACAUUUGUGCUGAUACUUUGGUCGGAGAUGAAAUGAUAAGGGGUAUUUCUGGGGGACAGAGAAAGCGUGUUACAACUGGAGAAAUGCUGGUUGGGCCGGCGAAGGCACUUUUCAUGGAUGAGAUAUCAACUGGAUUGGACAGUUCCACAACUUACCAAAUCGUAAAUAUGCUUCGACAAUACGUCCAUAUUAUGAAAGGAACUGCUUUCAUCUCCCUCCUGCAGCCAGCACCAGAGACGUAUGAUCUGUUUGAUGACAUCGUGCUGUUGGCUGAUGGCCAGAUUGUUUAUCAGGGUCCUCGAGACAAUGUGCUAGACUUUUUUGAAUCCAUGGGUUUCAAAUGCCCUGAACGAAAAGGAGUGGCUGAUUUCUUGCAAGAAGUGACAUCUAAGAAAGAUCAGAAACAAUACUGGGCAAAUAAGGAUGAGCCAUACCGAUUCAUCCCAGUAAGUGAAUUUGCAGAGGCAUUCCAAUCAUUUGCAUUCGGCAGGAAACUUGGAGAUGAACUUGCAAUUCCAUUUGAUAAGAGCAAAAGCCAUCCUGCUGCUUUGACAAAACAAAAGUAUGGUCUUGGAGACAAAGAACUUCUGAAAGCAUGCGCUGACAGAGAACUCUUAUUGAUGAAGAGAAACUCAUUUGUCUUUUUCUUCAAGAUCUUCCAGCUUACUGUAAUGGCACUUACGGCAAUGACAGUCUUUUUGCGAACGAAGAUGCACAAAGAUACUCUAGAAGAUGGAGGGAUAUACACUGGUGCGCUAUUUUUCACUGUCAUUAUGGUCAUGUUCAAUGGACUGACAGAGCUUGCAAUGACAAUUCAGAAGCUUCCUGUCUUCUACAAACAAAGGGAUAUGUUCUUCUUCCCUCCCUGGGCAUAUGCUAUUCCCUCAUGGAUCCUGAAAAUACCAGUUACUUUCCUUGAAGUAGCUAUAUGGACGUUUCUCACUUACUAUGUAAUUGGAUUCGAUCCUAAUGUAGGAAGGUUAAUGAAGCAGUACCUAUUGCUUUUACUUGUGCAUCAGUCAGCAUCCGCAUUGUUCAGAUUUAUAGGGGCAGCUGGUAGGAACAUGAUAGUCGCAAACACAUUUGGCUUGUUUGCGCUGCUUAUGCUCUUCGCAUUAGGUGGCAUUGUCCUAUCACGAGAGGAUGUAAAGAAGUGGUGGCUAUGGGGCUACUGGUCCUCACCAUUGAUGUAUGCUCAGAAUGCAAUUAUUGUUAAUGAAUUCACAGGGAACAGUUGGAGCAGAUUGGAAAAUGGAACCAAAUUGGGAGUUCUUGUCAUGGAGUCUCGGGGGUUCUUUCCUCAAGCAUAUUGGUAUUGGAUAGGAGUAGGGGGAUUGUUUGGAUUUGUAUGGCUAUUCAACAUCCUCUACCUUUUGUCUCUAACGUAUCUAAAACCUUUUGAAAAGCCUCAAGCUGUAUUACCAGAAGAAACUGAAGAUGAUGCCCAAAAGGAUGGCUCUAUCAGGCGAGUUUCAGCUCGAGUUAAUGAGAGUACACGUAGAAGCAUCUCCUCUGGAUCCUCAUCCACGAGAGUAGAUGCCAUAGAAGCCAAUGGGAACAGGAAAAGAGGAAUGAUUCUUCCAUUUGAACCACAUUCUAUCACAUUUGACGACGUCAGAUACUCAGUGGACAUGCCAGCGGAAAUGAAAGCUCAAGGUGCUACUCAAGAUAAAUUGGAGCUCUUGAAGGGUGUGAGUGGAGCUUUCAGGCCAGGCGUUCUCACAGCUUUGAUGGGUGUUAGUGGAGCAGGUAAAACAACAUUGAUGGAUGUCCUAGCUGGACGAAAAACAGGUGGAUAUAUUGACGGAAAUAUCACAAUAUCUGGAUACCCCAAGAACCAAGCAACAUUUGCUAGGAUUUCUGGAUAUUGUGAGCAGAACGACAUCCAUUCUCCGAAUGUUACAGUUUAUGAGUCCCUUGUUUACUCAGCUUGGUUGAGAUUGCCCCAAGAAGUUGAUGCUGAAACCAGAAAGAUGUUCAUCGAGGAGGUCAUGGAACUCGUAGAACUUACCCCAUUGAGGGGAGCACUAGUUGGGUUGCCAGGAGUCAAUGGUCUCUCAACUGAGCAACGGAAGAGGCUUACAAUUGCAGUUGAACUCGUAGCAAACCCUUCGAUCAUAUUUAUGGAUGAGCCAACUUCUGGGCUUGAUGCAAGAGCUGCUGCAAUUGUGAUGAGAACAGUCAGGAAUACAGUAAAUACAGGAAGGACAGUAGUUUGCACAAUCCAUCAGCCUAGCAUCGACAUAUUUGAAGCAUUUGACGAGCUAUUUCUGAUGAAACGCGGAGGCGAAGAAAUAUAUGUUGGACCAUUAGGUCACCACUCUUCCCAUUUGAUCAAGUACUUUGAGGGGAUUGAAGGAGUACCGAAGAUUAAAGAUGGUUACAAUCCAGCUACCUGGAUGUUGGAAGUCACUACUUCCGCACAAGAACUGGUCUUGGGGGUUGACUUUGCUGACCACUACAAAAGCUCAGAACUAUACACGAGGAACAAAGCCCUAAUCAAGGAAUUAAGCAUUCCUCGCCCUGGCACAAAAGAUCUGUUUUUCCCUACUAAAUACUCACAAUCUUUCCUCACCCAAUGCAUUGCUUGUCUGUGGAAACAACACUGGUCAUACUGGCGGAAUCCACCUUACACAGCCGUAAGAUUUUUGUUCACAACCUUCAUAGCCCUUAUUUUUGGGACAAUGUUCUGGGACCUUGGAUCCAAAUGGACUACUCGACAAGAUCUAUUUAAUGCCAUGGGAUCCAUGUAUGCUGCUAUCAACUUUUUGGGGUUCCAAUAUGGUUCUACAGUACAACCCGUGGUGGCCAUUGAGCGAACAGUCUUUUACAGAGAAAGAGCAGCUGGAAUGUACUCGGCUUUGCCAUAUGCAUUCUCACAGUUCCUCAUUGAAAUCCCUUACGUAUUCGUACAAUCGAUCGUAUAUGGUCUCAUAGUCUACUCAAUGAUGGGAUUCGACUGGAACGCCGAAAAAUUCUUCUGGUUUAUAUAUUUCUUAUUCUUCUCAUUGUUGUACUUUGUCCUCUACGGCAUGAUGACUGUGGCUGUCACUCCUAAUCACAAUGUUGCCGCCAUUAUCUCUUCUUUCUUCUACGCUAUCUGGAAUCUCUUCUCAGGGUUUAUCGUCCCCCGACCAAGAAUCCCUGUGUGGUGGAGAUGGUACUACUGGGCAACUCCCGUUGCUUACACCUUGUACGGUAUCAUAGUAUCUCAAUUUGGAGAGAUUAAGGAUCAGAUGGAGGGAGGUGAUGAAACAGUGGAAGAAUUCUUGAGAAAUUACUUUGGUUUCAGACACGAUAUGCUCGGAAUGGUUGCAGCUAUACUUCUUGGAUUCGUCGUCCUGUUCACUUUCAUCUUCGCCUAUUCCAUCAGGACAUUCAACUUCCAGAGGAGAUAAAAUGUUUCUUUUAAUUCAGCAAGUCAUAUAUCUACUUUACUAGUUAAAAAAAUGUCUGAAAUUCUCUAUACAUGAAAUCUUAGGAUCUCUAUAAUAUUCAAAAUUUAAGUGAAUUGGCUUCUUAUGUAAAAGUGAAAGUUCUUUAAUCGUUUAAUACAAGUCUUUACUUGUCAAUU